AUGGUCAUUGAGCCAAUUAUGACGUACGGCGCAUCGAUUUGGGGCCACGCGGCUAACAAAAUAUACAAUAAAAAACUACUACUUAAGACGCAAAGGGGGUUCGCUCUGCGAUCCACCAGAUCAUUCAAAAACGUCUCUACUAAUGCGGCCGUCGCUCUCGCGGGAUUCGUUCCCUUAGACCUUAAGGCCCUCGAGUCCUGCGAGAUCGAGGGGGCGCGUAUCAGAGGCGUUAGCCGAACAAAGCCUUUAGGGCUGAUUCAGUCUGUAUGUACCAGAUGGAAUUCUGUUUUUUAUCAAUUAGAACGAUUUGUUGAGUUAUCUGAAAUUAUUACGCCAAUAUUACUCAAGUAUCCUAAAGCACCGACAAUGCUAACUGCACAGCAGUUAAAAUUUAUAAAAGAUCUUAUAAAUAUAUUGAGACCAUUAGAAGUAAUAACUAAAGAAAUAUCGGGAGAAGACUAUGUUACAGCCAGUAAAAUUAUACCAAUCGUAUCUUGUCUGACUGGAACAUAUAAUGCGAUGAAAACUUCAACUGACAUUGGAGCUAAAUCAGGAACUUUAAUUAUGGACGGUUUAAAGAAAAUAUUUGGAAAUAUCUAA